AUGACGGCAAAGUUCGACGUAGACCAUGUUCUGAAUAGCAUCAGCGAGGACGACAAGAUCGCUCUUCUAUCAGGAACGGAUUUCUGGCAUACGUACUCGAUCCCCGAACACAAUGUGCCUCCGAUUCGAACCACCGAUGGCCCCAAUGGAGUGCGUGGAACCAAAUUCUUCGCCGGCGUCCCGGCCGCUUGUCUGCCCUGCGGCACCGCCCUGGGCGCCACCUGGGAUCGGGACUUGCUGCACAAAGCCGGGGUCUUACUUGGCCAGGAAUGUCUAGCCAAAGGAGCGCAUUGCUGGCUGGGUCCGACCAUCAACAUGCAGCGCUCGCCCCUGGGAGGUCGCGGAUUCGAGUCCUUUGCCGAGGAUCCGCAUCUGUCGGGCACGAUGGCGAAAUCCAUCAUCCUGGGCUGCGAAAGCACCGGGGUCAUUUCCGCUGUUAAGCAUUAUGUCGGAAAUGACCAGGAGCAUGAGCGUCGCGCAGUUGAUGUGAUGGUCACCCCGCGGGCGCUGCGGGAAAUCUACCUCCGUCCAUUCCAGAUUGUGGCUCGGGAUGCCCAUUCGGGAGCAUUGAUGACCUCGUACAAUAAGAUCAACGGCAAGCAUGUCGUCGAGAACCCGGCCAUGUACGAUAUCAUUCGCAAGGAGUGGAAGUGGGAUCCCCUGAUCAUGAGCGAUUGGUUAGGCACCUACACCACCAUCGACUCUCUCAACGCCGGGCUGGACCUGGAGAUGCCCGGCCCUUCUCGCUACCGCGGGAAGUACAUCGAGUCUGCGGUGCAGGCACGUCUGGUCAAGCAGUCGACAAUUGAUCAGCGAGCGCGCAAAGUGCUCGAGUUUGCGGCAAGGGCAAGCCAGGCUCCGGCGUCCGCUGUGGAAAGCGGUCGUGACUAUCCAGAAGACCGGGCCCUGAACCGGGAGAUCUGUGGAAACAGUAUCGUUCUCUUGAAAAACGAAGACACGCUGCUUCCUUUGCCAAAGAAGAUCAAGAAGAUUGCUCUUAUCGGCUCCCAUGUGAAGACCCCGGCUAUUUCUGGUGGUGGGAGCGCCUCGCUGCAACCAUAUUACGCUGUCUCUCUGUACGAUGCAAUUAUCGAAGUCCUCCCAGACACAGAAAUCAUCUACGAGACGGGCGCAUAUGCCCAUAAAAUGCUACCCGUCAUCGAUCGGAUGCUCAGCAACGCCGUGAUCCGCUUCUACAAUGAACCGGCGGACAAGGAACGGACCUUGCUGUCGACCGAGCCUGUCAACAACACCGCCUUCCAGUUGAUGGACUACAACACACCAGGGCUUAAUCGAACACUCUUCUGGGCUACUCUAGAUGGGGAGUUCACACCUGAUGUGUCGGGACUCUGGGACUUCGGUCUAACUGUAUUUGGUACGGCCACUCUAUACAUCGACGACGAGAUGGUGAUCGAUAACACCACCCAACAGACCCGUGGAACAGCCUUCUUUGGAAAAGGGACCAUACAAGAAGUUGGGGCAAAGGAGCUUACUGCUGGACGGACAUAUAAGAUUCGGAUCGAGUUCGGUUCUGCCAAUACCAGUCCCAUCAAAGCCAUCGGGGUGGUGCACUUUGGUGGUGGUGCUGCACACCUAGGCGCAUUUUUGCACAUGGAUCCCGAGCAGAUGGUUCGGGACGCCGUGAAGGCAGCGUCCGAGGCGGACUAUACAAUCUUGUGUACAGGUCUCAAUCGGGACUGGGAGUCGGAGGGAUUCGAUCGUCCGGAUAUGGACCUUCCGCCUAGAAUUGAUGCGUUAAUCUCUGCCGUUCUUGAUGUCGCAGGGGACAAAACGAUCAUUGUCAACCAGUCCGGGACACCAGUCAUGAUGCCAUGGUCGGAUCGUGCUCGAGCGAUAAUUCAGGCAUGGUAUGGGGGCAAUGAAACUGGCCAUGGCAUUGCGGAUGUUUUGUUUGGUGAUGUGAACCCUUGCGCCAAGCUACCGCUUUCCUGGCCGGCUGAUGUGAGACAUAAUCCUGCGUAUCUCAACAGUCUGAGCGUUGGUGGGAGGAUGCUCUAUGGAGAGGAUAUCUAUGUUGGAUAUCGAUUCUAUGAGAAGAUUGGACAGGUGACGUUGUUUCCGUUUGGACAUGGACUGUCGUAUACGUUGUUUGAAGUAUCUCCCAAGGUGACGGUUUCUCCCACUGCGUUUACUGUUGAAACCCCCCUCAGCGCCACCGUUCGAAUCAAGAAUACUGGCCCAGUGGCCGGGGCUCAGAUCCUGCAGCUCUACGUUGCAGCUCCCACAUCGGCCACCCCACGCCCUGUCAAGGAACUGCAAGGGUUCAGCAAAGUCUUUCUGCAGUCGGGAGAGGAGAAGACAGUCGUCAUUAGCGUUGACAAGUAUGCCACGAGUUUCUGGGAUGGGAUUGAAGACAUGUGGAAGAGCGAGGCGGGCGUGUAUCAGGUCCUGAUUGGUACGUCGAGUCAGGACAUUGUAGCUCGGGGGGAAUUCACGGUGGACGAGACCACAUUUUGGACAGGAGUCUAG